AUAAUCUAAAAAAAAAAGGAAAGUAAAAUAUCGUCCCAAAAAUUCAACGCGGCUUUGCAUCAACUCAAAGUCAGCGCUCACGCAACCACCAUUGCCUCAAUCCGCAGAAGAGUUUGAAUCUCUGCAAUCUCCAAAGCAACAAUGGCGGAAUACGUCGUGUUCUGCGUGAUACGCAGCCUGAGCGAGCUGCUGGUCUACGAAGCGAGGCACAUCCCGGAGCUCCGCGGCCGAAUCGAAGUGAUUCAGAUGAAGCUCAGGCAGCUGCAAUCCAUCCUAGAGAUCGCCGACGCCAGGCAGGAAGUCGACGAAGGGAUUCGCAACUGGAUCGCCGAGACAAGAGAAGUCGCCUACGACAUCGAAGAUCUCCUCCUAGUAGUCCUCUCCUCUUCCUCUCCUUCCUCCUCCACCAGCCGCAGAAAAUACAGUCUGUUCAGAGAAGCCACGAGCCUCCACAGUCUGGAGCCGAAAAUCCAGCUCAUCGAAGCUAAGGUUUCCGCUCUCGAAUCAGAUUUGCGCGUCAGGAAUAUUAGGCCGCGCCACAGAGGAAGCCCUAACCCGAUCGCGCGGAGACGGCAGCAGCAGAGGAGAACCUACUCGCAUUUCGUGGAGGACGAUUUGGUAGGGUUAGACGACCACGUCGAGCAAUUAGUUUCUCGAUUGGUGAACGAGGAUUCCGAUCAGGUCGUGUCCAUCACAGGAAUGGGAGGUAUAGGCAAAACCACCCUCGCGAAGCGAAUUUACCACCACCACGACGUCCGGGAGCAUUUCCACGCCUUCGCGUGGGCGUGCGUGUCGCAGCAGGGGCAGCCGGACGACGUGCUGCAGAGGAUCCUCAACAAGCUCGAACCGGAGAAGAGGAAGGCAAUCAGCAAUAUGAGGAUUGAUGAUCUCGUUGAGGAGCUUAUUCAUGUGCAGAGGAGGAAGAGAUGCCUCAUCGUGCUUGAUGAUGUUUGGGACAUGGACGCCUGGGAUGUAGUGUUCAAACCUGUCUUCGGCAACAGGCAAGCGAGCAGGCAAGUGAACAUUAAAGUGUUGCUCACGACGCGGAACAAAGAAAUCGCGCGUUACAUAGAUUUGGAUGCUCCAUGUUAUCUGUAUGAGCAGAGGCAUUUGGAUCAAGAGGAGAGCUGGGAACUGCUUAAGAAGAAAGUCUCCCGCAAUCUGAGUUUUGCAGGUAUUUCACUUGAUAGAAAGCCUAGCAGCAGCAGGUCUGUAGAAGAGCACGAGUACUCGUCUGGCUUCGAGGACGAGGAUGCAAUAUUAUCACGAGCAGAAAGCUUUCACUCGUGCUUCAGUGACGAGGAGGAUGAACUCGUGAGUCGGAUUCACAGUUUAAGUUCUGAAGAUACACUUCAAGAUCUCAGAAAUCAAAUGGACAUCGAAAGACUAGGAAAGGAGAUGGUUGCACAGUGUGGAGGAUUGCCACUAGCAAUAGUUGUGCUUGGAGGACUCCUCAUGACAAAGUCCACCAUAAGCGAGUGGAGAACAGUGCAUCAAAAUUUCAAUUCCUAUUUACGGAGAGGAAGAACUUAUCGAGAGAAUGGAAGAGUUCAUGAGGUAUUAGCUCUAAGUUACCACGAUCUGCCUUAUCAGCUCAAACCGUGUUUUCUGCAUUUAGGCAACUUCCCGGAGGAUUCCAAAAUUCCCACCCGGAAGCUGUACCAGUUGUGGUUGGCUGAAGGCUUCAUAUCACAUGAAUCUGAGGAAGAGGAAUCCAUCAUGGACGUAGCAGAAAGAUUUCUAGGAGAACUCGUGCAAAGGUGCAUGGUCCAAGUGAGAGUAGAUGAAGCUACUGGUAGGUUCAAGUCUUGUCGACUUCAUGACCUUACCCGAGAAUUAUGCCUUGUCAAGGGUAAGGAGGAAAACUUCCUAAAAAAAAUUCCUCUACGGUAUGAACCUGAACCACUAAGCACACCCUCCCCAUCAUCUAUAGCACCAUCAAUCAGUAAAACACGCAGGCUUUCCAUUGCUGUUGAUUGUGAUUUUGACACUUAUUUUCCUCCUAGAAAGGAGAUGCUUGAGUACAGAAAGGAGAACCUUGAACAUGUUAGAUCAGCAUUGUUCUUUUCCAGGCUCAGCAACCGAAAAAAUCUUCAGCUGGCACUGGACUUUGUUUGCAGUGAGCUCAAACUUUUAAGAGUGUUGGAUCUCGAAAGGUUCGACUUUGGAGAUAAGCUAUGUAAGGGUAUAGGAGAUUUGCUUCACCUCAGGUACCUUAGUUUAAGAGGCUGUCAGCUAAACAAAUUGCCAUCGUCCAUCGGCAAUUUGAAGUACUUGCAAACACUUGACCUUAGGGUACCUUUCCUUGUAUGCAUGACCAUCCCCAACGUCAUAUGGAAGCUGACUCAUUUGAAACAUCUCUAUCUCCCUCCAUCACACGAGUGCACCAGCAAACUGCAGCUAAACAGCUUGAGCAAGUUGGAAAUCAUGAAGAACUUUGAUACCAGGGUUUCGGAUUAUAGAGAUCUCACCAAGUUAACUAAGCUUCAGAAACUUGCUGCAAUCUUAACUUUGGAAAUAGACCAUCUGGCAGCACUAUUCAAUCACCUCAAGAUGGAUUCUUUGCAUAUCAGAGAGUCCUCUUUCCGUAUCCGCUAUGAUUUUCAGUCGGAUAAAGAGCUGACUGUUUUGAGAGAGCUAGUAGGAUCAGCCCAUCUUCAGAAACUGGAUCUGAUUGGCAUUAUAAACAGGCUACCAGAGCAUUGCCAUUUUGGUCGAGGCCUCACGAAGUUAACUCUGAGGAGCAGCAAACUGAAGGAAGAUCCUAUGACUACUCUAGAAAAGCUCCCUAAUCUGCAUACAUUGACACUACGCAAGAACGCAUUUGUGGGGAAUGCGAUGUGCUGUUCUUCUCAGGGUUUCCCUUGUCUCACUAUUCUGGAGCUCCAGGGGCUUACUGACUUGGAGAUAUGGAGAAUAGAGGAAGGAGCUAUGCCUAACCUUUAUUGUUUAAAGAUCGAUGAAUGCAUAAAGUUGAGGAUGGUUCCGGAAGGAAUCAGAUUCAUCGCUUCACUUAGGGAAUUAGUGAUUGUCAACAUGCUCGAUGCCUUCAAGAGCAGGGUUCAAAAGGUGCAGGAGGAAGGGGGAGAGGACACUCAUAUAGUCGGGCACAUUCCAUCGAUCACCAUUGCUGACACAAACAGAUCUUACAUGAAAAAACUUGAGACUCAGCUAUCAGGAAAAUCCUACUAUGGACUUUUCCAAAGUUUUUCUCCAUUGCUGGUACCUAAGGAUUGGCAGAAGUCAUGAAGAUCGCACGAGCAGAUCACGCUACAUCGCUAUGCCAGUCCACAGAAUGUCACCAAAGGUUCAUUCAAUAUGUUCCAGAAUAAGCUGUUAUUAACAGAGGAUGAUCAACUGAGUAGGAACUCAACAGGGUAAGGCAACAAUAUAAGUUAAAUAUUUAAUUUGAAAAAAUUAAAGUUCUUAGAUGUUUCAGUGUAUAGGACUGUUGUUUGAAGCAUUUUCUUGUAUAAUUUCUUCUCUCCUAAAUAUUAUAGGUAGAUUCACUCUCUUUUGUUCAUUAAUUGUCAAAUAAAGGUUGUUUCUUCCCCUUGCAAGUAUCCUAAUGAACUGCUUUUGAUUCUUGUUUA